AUGGCUCAUCAGGACUCGGUCGACCAUGCACAAAAUGUUACUGGUAGCGAGAAGAAGGACCACCUUGAGCAACAAGGCGGCCCACUGCACUUCCCUGCCGGCGACGAGCUGAAGCAGACCGAGACUAUGGAGGAGACAAUCCUCAAUGCCAGAGCUGCAACGGAGAAAGAACACAACAUGACGCUGCUACAAGGCAUACGACUUUAUCCCAAGGCCAUUGCAUGGAGCAUAUUGAUCUCUACUUGUAUAGCCAUGGAGGGAUACGAUGUUGCACUGAUCAACAAUUUCUACGCCUUCCCUCAAUUCAACCAGAAGUAUGGUGUAUACGAUCCAGUCAAAGAUACAUGGCAGGUCCCAGCUCGGUGGCAGGCUGGCUUGAGCAACGGAGCUAACGUGGGAGAGAUCAUUGGUCUGGCUAUCAACGGCAUCGUCAGUGAGAGGUUCGGCUACAGGUAUACCGUUAUUGCCUGCUUGGUCCUGAUCGCUGCCUUCACGACCAUCUUCUUCACGGCACAAUCAGUCCAUGCUUUGCUGGCUGCCGAGAUUCUGUGCGGUAUACCGUGGGGCGUCUUCCAAACACUCACCAUCACCUACGCCUCCGAGGUCUGCCCUGUCGCUCUUCGCGGCUACCUUACAACUUAUGUCAACUUCUGUUGGGGUUUGGGUCAGCUGAUCGCAAUCGGUGUCAUCAAGUCCAUGCUUGGGAGAACAGACGAAUGGGCUUACCGCAUACCAUAUGCACUUCAAUGGAUGUGGCCACCAUUUCUGAUCGUCGGCAUAAUCUUCGCGCCGGAAUCGCCAUGGUGGCUCGUCCGCAAAGGGCGUUUAGCAGAAGCCAAAAAGUCCCUCCUCCGCCUCACAAGUCUCAACCGCGAGACCGACUUCGACGCAGAUGAGACGGUCUCCAUGAUGGUGCACACGACCAAGCUCGAGGAGAAGAUCACCACGGGUGCAUCUUAUUUGGACUGCUUUAAAGGUACCGACCUCCGCCGAACAGAAAUUGUCUGCAUGGUCUGGGCCAUUCAGAAUCUCAGCGGGAAUGCCUUCUCCAACUACUCCACCUACUUCCUCGAGCAAGCCGGUGUGAGCAAAGACAACAGCUAUAGCUUCGCCAUGGGCCAAUACGCCAUCAACAUGGUCGGUGUCUUCGGUGCAUGGGCUUUGAUGACCUGGGGUAUCGGCCGCCGUAGCCUUUACUUCUAUGGAUUAUGUGGUCUCUUCUCUAUGCUCUUCAUCAUGGGCUUCCUUGGUCUGGUGCCAGCGGCGCAUAAGAUUGAAGCGGGUCUGGCGACUGGCAGUAUCAUGAUCGUCUGGGCAUUGUUCUACCAACUCACGGUUGGCACCGUCUGCUACUCGCUCGUUGCCGAGCUGUCGACUCGACGCCUACAGAUCAAGACGGUCGUUCUUGGCCGAAAUCUCUACAACAUUGUCGGCAUUAUUACUUCCGUGCUUACUCCAUAUAUGCUCAAUCCUACUGCCUGGAAUUGGGGCAAUUACACCGGCUUCUUCUGGGCCGGUCUAUGCGCCUGCUGUGUCGUGUAUACUUACUUCCGUGUCCCCGAACCACGAGGUCGGACAUUUGCAGAAUUAGACUUGCUAUUCGAGCGCAAAGUCAGCGCGAGGAAGUUCGCCAAGACGGAAGUGGACGUAUUUGAUGAGACGAUUGAUGAUAGUGUGGUAAGCAAACACAAGGACGGCUUGGCUGGCGCGAAGCAUCAUGAAACGAGUCUUGCUGCAGAGAAGAGUACGAUGAGCUGA